UUACACUCGGGAGCUUUUCACGGUUCAGAAACCGAGCGUCUUCCUCACAAUUGUGGACCCGGACGCCGCCGCCGCCGGUCGGUCGGUCGGUCGGUGGGUGCUCGGUUAGCACGCGAUGCUAAUGGGACGGGAACUACCGAUAGUGGCUAAGAUGGCAUGUCCGCGGCUGCAGGCGGGGAUGGAGGCUGCUGAUCUUUUGUCCGCCGCCGCUGCUGCUUGACGGCCGGAUAAAGUUCAGAUGCAUCGCGCCGGGAAAGAAGCACAUGUGACUCCGACUGGGUCACCACCCUGGAUUUACCACCGCCACCCCCCCUCUCUCUACAAACCAGUAACUUUUAUUUAGUUAGCUAAACUGUUGGCUAACUAAAUAAGAAAAAAGUUUUCUGGCCGCCCGCUAUGUCUGGAAGCGAGGAUGACAGGGACGACUACGGAGCCCCCGAGGACCGGCUGCUGCACGAUGACGACGAGGAGGAGAUCUCCGAGGCCGAGACUCCGAAGGUGAAGAAGAAGAAGAAGGCCAAGAAGAGCAGAGAGAGUAAAGGCAGCAAGAGGCGGUCGCGCAGAGAGGAGCUCCCCAUCAGCUCCCCGGAGCCGAUGGACGUCGGCGGGACGGAGGAGGUGGAGGAAGGCGUCUCAGUGCAGCGCUCGGACAGCGAGGGCAGCGACUACACUCCCGGACGCAAGAAGAAGAAGAGGGCCAGCAGCGGCAAGGAGAAGAAGAGGAGCAGCAGCAGCGGUGGUGGCGACCGGAGCGCUUCCAAGAAGAAAGAGCCAGAGCCCGAAGAAGACGAGGACGAUGACGAUGACGACAGCUCGGAGCCAAAGUCAUCAUCCCAGCUGCUGGAUGACUGGGGUAUGGAGGACAUCGACCACGUCUUCACCGAGGAAGACUACCGCUCUCUGACCAACUACAAGGCCUUCAGCCAGUUCGUCAGGCCCCUCAUCGCGGCCAAGAACCCCAAGAUUGCCGUGUCCAAGAUGAUGAUGGUUCUCGGUGCCAAAUGGCGCGAGUUCAGCACCAACAACCCGCUGAGGGGAGCCGCCGCCGCCAAUGCCGCCCUGGCCACCGCCAAUGUGCCCGCUGCUGUCGACACCAUGGUGGCCGAGGUCGCCCCGGUUGCCCCCGCGCCGCCGUCCCCGGUGGAGCCGCCGCAGCCUCCGCCGCCACCACCUCCACUACGCAAGGCCAAGACCAAGGAAGGCAAAGGCCCCAACGCCCGCAAAAAGUCCAAAUCUGCAGCAAAACCACAAGAAAAAAAGAAUAACGCCAAGACCAAGAAGGUGGCUCCUCUGAAAAUCAAACUGGGAGGCUUCAACAGCAAGAGGAAACGCUCAUCGAGCGAGGAGGACGAGCCUGAUGUGGACAGCGACUUCGAGGACGGCAGCAUGAACAGCGUCUCAGUCUCGGAGGGAUCGAACAGCCGCAGCAGCCGCACCAAAAAGAAGGCGUCGUCCAAGAGCAAACCCAAGAAGAAGAAAGAAGCUGAGGACGGAGACGGCUACGAGACGGACCACCAGGACUACUGCGAGGUGUGUCAGCAGGGCGGCGAGAUCAUCCUGUGCGACACCUGCCCCCGAGCCUACCACAUGGUCUGCCUGGACCCUGAUAUGGAGAAGGCGCCUGAGGGCACCUGGAGCUGUCCACACUGCGAGAAGGAGGGCAUCCAAUGGGAGGCCCGGGAGGAGGGCUCGGACGUGGAGGAGGACAACGUGGAGGUGGGGGAGAUGGAGGAGGACGACCACCACAUGGAGUUCUGCAGGGUCUGCAAAGACGGUGGCGAGCUGCUGUGCUGCGACUCGUGCCCCUCGUCGUACCACAUCCACUGCCUCAACCCGCCACUGCCCGAGAUCCCCAACGGAGAGUGGAUCUGCCCGCGCUGCACGUGUCCGUCCAUGAAGGGGAAGGUCCAGAAGAUCCUGACAUGGCGUUGGGGCGACCCACCUCCUCCCACGCCGGUCCCCCGCCCCCUGGACCUCGCGGCAGACGCCCCCGACCCCGCCCCGCUGGCAGGGCGGCCGGACAGGGAGUUCUUCGCCAAAUGGUCCAACAUGUCGUACUGGCACUGCUCCUGGGUCACAGAGCUCCAGCUGGAGCUCCACUGCCAGGUGAUGUUCAGGAACUACCAGAGGAAGAACGACAUGGACGAGCCGCCGCCCAUCGACUUUGGCGAGGGGGAGGAGGACAAGAGCGUGAAGAGGAGGAACAAGGACCCCAUGUACGCGCAGUUGGAGGAGAAGUACCUGCGCUUCGGGAUCAAGUUCGAGUGGCUGAUGAUUCACCGCAUCCUCAACCACAGUGUGGACAGGAAGAACAACUGCCACUACCUGAUCAAGUGGAGAGACCUGGCGUACGACCAGGCAACGUGGGAGGCCGAGGACAUGGACGUGCCUGAGUUCGACCCGUUCAAGGUGCAGUACUGGCACCACAGAGAGCUGAUGAUGGGAGAUGAGGGGAGACCCGGCAAGAAGAUCAAGGUGAAGGGACGAGUGAAGCGGCUGGACCGGCCUCCAGAGAACCCCGUCAUAGACCCGACCAUAAAGUUUGAGCGUCAGCCCGAGUACCUGGACAGCACAGGCGGGACGCUGCACCCCUACCAACUGGAGGGUCUGAACUGGCUGCGGUUCUCCUGGGCCCAGGGCACCGACACCAUCCUGGCCGACGAGAUGGGUCUGGGAAAGACGGUCCAGACUGCCGUCUUCCUCUACUCGCUCUACAAAGAGGGCCACUCCAAGGGGCCGUUCCUGGUCAGCGCCCCGCUCUCCACCAUCAUCAACUGGGAGCGAGAGUUUGAGAUGUGGGCGCCCGACAUGUACGUGGUGACCUACGUCGGCGACAAGGACAGCAGGGCCGUCAUCCGGGAGAACGAGUUCUCCUUCGAGGACAACGCCAUCCGAGGGGGGAAGAAGGCCUCCAGGAUGAAGAAAGACUCGUCGGUCAAGUUCCACGUCCUGCUGACGUCGUACGAGCUGAUCACCAUCGACAUGGCCAUCCUGGGCUCCAUUGACUGGGCCUGCCUGGUGGUGGACGAGGCCCACAGGCUGAAGAACAACCAGUCCAAGUUUUUCCGGGUGUUGAACAACUACCCCCUGCAGCACAAGCUGCUGCUGACGGGAACUCCUCUGCAGAACAACCUUGAAGAGCUUUUUCACCUGCUCAACUUCCUCACGCCUGAGAGGUUCAGUAACCUGGAAGGCUUCCUGGAGGAGUUCGCCGACAUCGCCAAGGAGGACCAGAUCAAGAAGCUGCACGACAUGCUAGGUCCGCACAUGCUCAGGAGGCUGAAGGCCGACGUCUUCAAGCACAUGCCCUCAAAGACGGAGCUCAUCGUCCGGGUGGAGCUCAGCCCCAUGCAGAAGAAGUACUACAAAUUUAUCCUGACGAAAAACUUUGAGGCGCUGAACACCAAGGGAGGAGGAAACCAGGUGUCUCUGCUCAACGUCGUCAUGGACCUCAAGAAGUGCUGCAACCACCCCUACCUCUUCCCUGCCGCCGCUAUGGAAGCUCCGAAGAUGCCCAACGGGAUGUACGACGGCGCCGCCCUCACCAAGGCUGCUGGGAAACUGUGUCUGCUGCAGAAGAUGAUGAGGAAGCUGAAGAACGGAGGACACAGGGUGCUCAUUUUCUCUCAGAUGACCAAGAUGCUGGACCUGCUUGAGGACUUCUUGGAGAACGAGGGCUACAAGUACGAGAGGAUUGAUGGAGGCAUCACGGGCGGGAUGAGACAGGAAGCGAUUGAUCGAUUCAACGCUCCUGGCGCUCAGCAGUUUGCCUUCCUGCUGUCGACGAGGGCCGGAGGUCUGGGGAUCAACUUGGCCACGGCCGACACCGUCAUCAUCUACGACUCGGACUGGAACCCUCACAACGACAUCCAGGCCUUCAGCAGAGCUCAUCGUAUCGGUCAGAACAGGAAGGUGAUGAUCUACCGCUUUGUUACCAAGGCGUCUGUGGAGGAGAGGAUCACUCAGGUCGCCAAGAAGAAGAUGAUGCUGACUCACCUGGUGGUGCGACCCGGCCUCGGGUCCAAGACCGGCUCCAUGUCCAAACAAGAGCUUGACGACAUCCUCAAGUUCGGAACGGAGGCGCUCUUCACGGACCAGCUGGAGGGUCGGUUACGCGAGAACAAGGAGGAGGACAGCAGCAUCAUUCACUACGACGACAAGGCCAUCGACCGCCUGCUGGACCGGAACCAGGACGCCACCGACGACACGGAGCUGCAGAGCAUGAACGAGUACCUGAGCUCUUUCAAGGUGGCUCAGUACGUGGUCAAGGACGAGGAGGAGGAGGAGGAGGAGGUGCAGCGGGAGAUCAUCAAGCAGGAGGAGAGCGUGGACCCCGACUACUGGGAGAAGCUGCUGCGUCACCACUAUGAGCAGCAGCAGGAGGAUCUGGCUCGGAACCUGGGCAAAGGCAAGCGGAUCCGCAAGCAGGUCAACUACAACGACGGGUCGCAGGAAGACCGAGGUAAGAGGCGACGGGCGGAUGUCACUUCUCACGGGGAUCAAACGACCGAUUGGCAGGAUGACCAGUCCGACGGUCAAUCGGAUUACUCUGUGGCGUCAGAGGAGGGAGACGAGGACUUUGACGAGCGGACAGAAGCAAACUCUCGCCGGCCGAACAGGAAGGGCCUGAGGAACGACAAGGACAAACCGUUGCCCCCCCUGCUGGCCAGGGUGGGAGGCAACAUCGAGGUGUUGGGUUUCAACUCUCGGCAGAGGAAGGCCUUCUUGAACGCAGUGAUGCGUUAUGGGAUGCCUCCGCAGGACGCCUUCACCACUCAGUGGUUGGUCCGGGACCUGCGAGGGAAGUCCGAGAAAGAGUUCAAGGCCUACGUGUCUCUGUUCAUGCGUCAUCUCUGCGAGCCCGGAGCCGACGGCGCCGAAACCUUCGCAGACGGCGUCCCCAGGGAAGGGUUGUCGCGGCAACACGUCCUCACGCGCAUCGGCGUCAUGUCGCUCAUUCGCAAGAAGGUGCAGGAGUUCGAGCACGUGAACGGUCAGUGGUCGAUGCCGUGGAUGGCCGAGCUAGAGGAGAACAAGAGGGCGGCGGCCGCUGCGGCAGUGGCUCAGCCCGACUCCCCAGGGAAAACCCCGUCCACCGGCACCCCCGCCGACACGCAGCCCAACACGCCUGCAGCAGUUGACGACUCGAUGAAGACCGACGAGGCCUUGAAGGAUGGAGAGAAGGAGGUGAAGAAAGAGGGCGAGGCGGAGAAGAACGGCAAAGAGCCGGCAAAGGCGACAGACGAGGUGAUCGCCAUCCCAGACGACGACGACGACGAGAAGAGUCCGGAGGCGGUGACGGCGGCAACAGAGGAGGAGGAGAAGAAGAAGAACGGCGAGGAGCCGAUGGAGACGGACAAACCGAGCAACGGCGAGGCGGAGAGCACGAAAGAGACGGACGGAGAGAAGGAGAAAGAGGAGGAGAGUGAGGAGAAGAAGAAGAGUCCGGAGGGAGGAGAGGAAACCAAGUCGCCUUCAGAGGCGAAGGUGGACGACGGGUCAGAGGUCAAAGCCGAGGAGCCCGAGGUCAAAGCAGAAGAAAAGAAAGAAGAGAAGACGGAAAAGAUGGACACCGCUCCACCGGCUGACGAGAAGAAAGCAGAUCUGAAGGAGGAGAAAGAGGCGAAGGAGGUGAAGGAGGCUCCGAAGGCGGAGGAGGCGACGACCAAACUCCAGAACGGAGACGGCAGCAAGGAGAGCGCCGCCACGGCAACGACGACCAACGCCGCCGCCGCCCCUGCUGCUGCAGCCGCCAGUGAGGAGAAGAAGAAGGCGGCGAAGAGCAGGUUCAUGUUCAACAUCGCCGACGGAGGAUUCACAGAGUUACACUCUUUGUGGCAGAACGAAGAGCGCGCCGCCACGGUUACCAAGAAAACCAACGAGAUCUGGCACCGUCGCCAUGACUACUGGCUGCUGGCUGGCAUCAUACAACACGGCUACGCCCGCUGGCAGGACAUCCAGAACGACGUGAAGUUCGCCAUCCUCAACGAGCCGUUCAAGGGAGAGAUGAACAGAGGGAACUUCCUGGAAAUCAAGAACAAGUUCCUCGCCAGACGGUUCAAGCUGUUGGAGCAGGCGCUGGUGAUCGAGGAGCAGCUGCGUCGCGCCGCCUACCUCAACAUGUCGGAGGACCCCUCCCACCCCUCCAUGGCCCUCAACACACGCUUCAGCGAGGUGGAGUGUCUGGCCGAGUCCCACCAGCACCUCAGCAAAGAGUCCAUGUCCGGGAACAAACCGGCCAACGCCGUCCUGCACAAAGUGCUGAAGCAGUUGGAAGAGCUGCUGAGUGACAUGAAGGCAGAUGUCACCCGCCUCCCGGCAACCAUCGCUCGGAUACCGCCAGUCGCCGUGCGGCUCCAGAUGUCCGAGAGGAACAUCCUGAGCCGGCUGGCGAGUCGGGGACCCGAGACGCAGACGCAGGCACAGACGCAACAGAUGUCGCAGCAGUAAACUGAAACUCGGUUCUUUACCUCGGAAACGACCCCCUGCCUCACCUCGACAUUCCUGAUUGGUGCACAGCAGAACGACGGAGGGCGUGCCCAAGCUUGAAGCCACGCCCAGUUCACUCCCCCCUCCACCCCUUCCCCAAACAGACUUUACAGAGUUUUUCUGGACGAUUGAACCCCCCCCCCCCCCCCAAAGUUUGAGGCUGUGGACAGUAAAGCGAUUUUAUUUUUUUCCUCCUUUUUUUUCAAUUUCUGUAUUAAUAUUAUUGAUAUAAUGUUAUUAUGAUGUUUUUUUGGGACCUAAAUAAAAAAAAAAUCGAAUAAAAA